AUGGAAAAAUAUAAAAUACAAAAACAACUUGGUGAUGGUACAUAUGGAAGUGUACUACUUGCUCAUCUUAAAGAUUCACCACAAGAAAAAUUUGCUGUUAAACGAAUGAAAAAGAAAUAUUAUUCAUGGCAAGAAUGUAUGGAUUUAAGGGAAAUUAAAGCUUUACAAAAAAUUCGUCAUGCAAAUGUGAUUAAACUAAAAGAAGUUAUACGAGAAGACAAUAAUUUAUAUAUGGUUUUUGAGUAUAUGAAUGAAAAUCUUUAUGAAUUAAUGAAAAAACGUGAUCGAUUGUUUCCUGAAACGAAUGUUCGUAAUAUUAUAUUUCAAAUUCUUCAAGGUUUAUCUUAUAUGCAUAAAGUUGGAUUUUUUCAUCGUGAUCUAAAACCUGAAAAUAUACUAUGCAAAGGUGUUGAAUUGGUUAAAAUUGCUGAUUUUGGUCUAGCUCGUGAACUUCGUUCAAGACCUCCCUAUACUGAUUAUGUAUCUACCCGAUGGUACCGUGCUCCCGAGGUGCUACUUCGCUCAACUUCAUAUGCAUCUCCCAUCGAUACAUGGGCAGUUGGAUGUAUUGCUGCAGAAUUAUACACAUUACGACCAUUGUUUCCUGGAAGUAGUGAAAUCGACCAAAUGUUUAAAAUUUGUGCUGUUAUGGGCACACCAACCAAAGAAGACUGGGCUGAAGGUUUUAUGUUAGCAGCCAAAUUAUCAUUCCGUUGGCCGCAAUGUGUGCGGACAGAUUUGAAAAAAAUAGUUCAUAGUGCAAAUAAUGAUGGUAUUGAUUUGAUUAGAGGAACACUUGAAUGGGAUCCAAAACGACGACCAAGUCCAGUUCAAUGCUUGAAACAUCCAUAUUUUAAAGUAAGCCAAGAUCUACGAGCAAGCUCAUCACAUAUGUCAGCCGUUAAUGAUUCAGUAUCUGUAAGUUCAGCAAGAUCUCGUGAUUCAAAACAAAUAUUUGCAGACGAUUGGCAAACAGAAGGGAACAAGACUCCAGAUAGUCCCGAUGAUAUGAAUGAUUUCGAGGAAUCAUUAAAAAUUUUUGAACAAUCGAAAAAAUCUACUGUCAAAGAAGAUCUUUCUCAUAAAAUACAACCAGCAGUGAUACCAAAUUUAUCAACGGAUUCAAAAAGAGAUUCGUCUCUCUCAGAUAAUCGAAAAGGAAACAUUCCGAAUUCACAUUUUUCUCUUGCUCACGACCAAUAUCGACCGUCAAUUCUUAAACAACCACUAAAACCAGCAGUUGAAAAAUCGUUUGAUAUCGAUUCUAUACUACAUGGCCAUGCACAUCAAUUACACAAACCAUCGGAAUACAAACAUCCAAUACAUCAAACGAAAACUUCAGCUGUCUCAGCAAGAAGAGACAGUUUAUCAGAUUGGUUUAAUGAAGAUCGAACAAAACCAACAGAAUAUAGUCCUACUCAACCAUCACUGCUAUUUCAGCCAAAAGUAAAAACAAAUGUACGUGGCAAACCAGUCAUAGAUAUGAAUCUAGAUGAUCUUUUUUCCAAUAAAAGUACUCGAGAUCAAAGUGCAACAAAAUCACCAUUAUCAACAACAAAAUCUUCCGCUAGCCACUAUUAUUUAGGAAAUUCAAGAUAUAAGCCAGGUAUUAAUCCUAAACAAACAGUGCGUGGUGAUGGAUUGAAUUGGCUUACGGAACUAUCAAAUAAUAGUAAUGCAGCAUCUUCUGCUUCAAAAUCACGAUCCUAUGUACCAACAUUCGGCGAUCAGAGAAAGCCACCAGCUCCACCAAUUUUUGGUGAUCGGAAUAAUCGCUUUGGUCAAUAA